AUGCCUAAGGCUACGAGUCAGCCUGUGCAUGUGCCUGUGCCAGCGCGUCCUCCAUGCGCGGGUGGUGAGUCAGCGCCCCCUCACCACCUCACGCCCGCACCCUCCUGCCGCCCCCCCACCACCUCACGCCCGCACCUCCUGCCGCCCCCUCACCACCUCACGCCCGCACCUCCUGCCGCCCCCACGCCGCACCUCCUGCCGCCCCACACCUCACGCCCGCACCCUGCCCCCGCUCACGCCCCGCACCUCCUGCCGCCCCCUCCACCUCACGCCCCGCACCUCACGCCGCCCCCUCACCACCUCACGCCCGCACCUCCUGCCGCCCCCUCGCCGCGCGUGACCAAGUGGCCUCCCGCCCGGCCAUAA